AAUUUCAGCCAAAAAUAUUUUAUCAUUGUAGCUUCUUGAAAAUUACAUGACUAAUUUUAAAUUAUGUAUGAAAAUGUCACAACCAAUACUUACAAAACACAUGAUUGUAUAGGUUUUCGUUGUCCUCAUUUUUAGCAAAUAUUGUAAUAUUUGUUUUUAGUUUUUUGUACGUUGUCACUUCUGUGUAGUUGACCGCAAAGUAUUUUAAAAUUGGGAGUCAAAUGGACCUCGUGGAAAUUGUAUCGAAUUGCGGAAUAUAUUGUAAAGUUGCACAUAAAUUAGAAAAUUAGAGGCCUAGCAGUUCAGCCCUGAGGUUUCCACGGACAGUCUGUGUUGACGUCAAUGAGGCAGAGGAGGAUCCACGCAAUCACGAUGGAGCCAAUGGACCAGUGGUUGGAGUCUCAAGGACUGUUCCGCAAGCACACAGCGCGAGAUGCAUCAUGUUUGUUCCGUGCCGUGUCCGAGCAGAUAUUUCUGACACAGGUUGUUCAUGCUAAGGUUAGACAGCUGUGUCUGAAUUUCAUCAGAGACCACAAGAAUCUCUUCCAAGGGCUAACUAGUGAAAUGCUGGAUGCUCAUUUAGAGCGAAUGAAAAACCAAAACGAGUGUGGUGACAUGGUGGAACUGAGUGCAAUAUCAAUCAUGUACAGGUGCAAGAUUCUUCUGUUUAAGGAUGUGGAUAGAAAUCCGGAAGUGAUCACAAGUGACUGUUGUGACCGCACAAUCAUGCUGUGCCUGUUUUGCAGUGACCACUACGACUCUGUGUACACGAAACAGUGUGUGGCCAACACAGCCUUCUGUCAGUCCAUUGUUUACGGGUUGCUGUACGAGGAAGUGUUCCGCAUGCAGGACGUUGCGUUUGCGGUGGAGACGAUGCUGCACAGCAAGACGUACCGAAUGCGACGAGACAGCUGUUUCAGCACACGCGAUAACUUUCUGCAUUGUGGAUGGUUCGGCUCCCUGCACGUGUCUGAAUGUGAGCGGGAUGUUGACGAUGGGAACGUGGACGUGCGAGGUUUGCUGAGCAUGGGCUGCACUCCGUUCCCCUACAAGGUGGCCAAGGCACUCGACCCCGACAUCUACCGCAACAUAGAGUUCGACGCUUGGAACGAUGUGCGCAGAGAGCUGCGGCUGGGGCUUUACGACCCCAGCGAGCUGCGCGUCGGGGUGAAGUGUCUGGUGAAGCUGUCCACGGUCAACAAGCAGUGCUACGCCCACAUCCAGGAGAUGGCUCCCGAUCGUGGGCCGGUCCUCAUCUUCGUCGAGGAUUUAGGAGAAAAGUGCACAGUGCCGUACGAGUCCCUGGAGCCUCUGGCUAAGGACAGCAGCAAAUGUCAGUGGGCCCCAGCCUUCCGAAACCGAUGCAGAGGGCUGGCCAACGCUCGCCGUGUCUCCAUAUCCAUGUCAGAUAGCGGAGAGCGAUGGAAGCGAAUAAGGGCUGGACGGCUUCGCAAGUCCAGGGCUGGGCAGCCAGUGGCAGACGCCUUGGAAUUGUGUGGAGGCAGCCCCAAGAGCGAAGCCCCAAGGUCGUACGUACGUUCGCUCAGUGCAAGGUUUGCGGAAGAGCAGGAGGAUCGUGGCAAGGCCGCAACCGCCCCAGUGAUCUUGGAGCGGCCCAGCCCCUCCCCGCCCCCGCAGCCAGAUUCCUCUACACCCGGGACCUACGCGGAGCCCCACGUCGCCCCCGGUCACCCCGACGGGCCGCAGCCCAUGCUGACAUACCCCGCGUACCUGCCGCCAGCCGCCCCGAUGAGGCCCGUCCAGUACCUGGGAGGCCGGGCCCCGGGGGACUCCCAGGGCAGCCUCGUGUACCAGGAGGUGAACCUGCUUGCCCGGAAGUCUCUUCACUUGGAUGGCAGUGAUCUGCCCCUGGCAGAUAUGGCAACUCUGAGAUACUUUUACAACCUGGGUCUUGAUUACCAUCACAUGAGCAGGACCCAAGUGAUGGGCAUGCCCCUUCAGGCAGUCCCUGUUCCCACAGUACCUUCCUGCCAAGCAGAGGAGCAGUACAGCGGGAGUUCUCAGAAGCAGCCGUUACCAGACUCCACGACCUGCUCGGAUGAAGAGAUAUACCAACCCAGCGAGCAGCGCUCUGUUGCAGCAUCGCCGGUACCCCCGCCACCUGACAGCGAGGGUGUGCCGGGAUGGUCCCGGGACUACAAGGUCAUGACCACUGUGCCAGGCAUACAGCCCCCAAGGCUGCAGUGCCCCGGCGAGAACGCUGCCAGGAGCCCCGCGGACUGCCAGAGGGCGGCUCCCUAUGCCUGCCGCCCUCCAGCUGUGCCGUACUACUACACCGUGGAGCCAGGGCUGCUCCCGGUGGCCCCUCAGUGCUACCAGCAGUACGUGGCAGGGCCGUCCCUCUCCUACGCCGCCACGGACGGCCAGGGCUACGGCCAGGUGGUAGAGCCCCACGGAGUGGAGGGGGGCUACGUGGCCACGUACCCCGGCAUGGUGUACCCGCAGGCCCCCGCGGUGUACGCUCCUCACUGGGUGCAGGUUGCGUCCCAGCCGCAAGGCCCGGCCAGCUACUCUCCUGUGCCUGGCUAGUCGGCACCACCGGGCCCACGAGGAAAAGGUUUCCAGAACCUUCUGCAUUGUUAACCUGUGUGCGCUGUCUCAAGGUUCAUGAAUUUUGUCGUAUCAAGCUUCUCUGCGGAAAUAAUUUUGUAGUAAACAUUUUAUCAAUGUUUUUGCAACCACCUAUGUAGAUAAUUUGCAGUAUGUAAACUUGUACAGUAUCAAGUGCCUUAAAGAUUUUUUGGGAUUAGUGUAUGUAUAACUUACCUGAUGCAGUUUGUCUUUUGUUCUUUGUUUCUCGGUACUUGCGACAAUAAAAAUAACCUGUGAAGUUAUUGGGGGCAAAAUCUGUACGAAUUGUGUGCUAAUAGAAACUGGUUAGUAUGUUAAUGUUUGUUUUGUAAUUACUAGUUUCUUUUUACAUCCAUUUAGUAUGUAACUAUUCUUUGUAUUGGUUUAGUGAGCGUUUUUUUUAAAAGUUUUUUCUCUCUUUAGUUUCAUAAUCUGUGUAUUUAUUUAGUUAGUUUUUAAGUUUUAGUAGAGGCUUUAGAACUUGGCCCUAAUUUUUUCUUGACUGCUGAUCUGUAAAGGAAUGGAUGUUACAGACUAUUUAAUUUUUGUAGGUAAUACUAAUACAAAUUGUGUUGUUUAAAGUUUCAUGGUACUGUAUGCAUUCUUUGCCCAUUUUCAUUGUGAUAGUUAUGAACUGUUGUUAUUUUAUAUGGUAGGUUAUUUUUCAUUGUACCUGAGUGAAAAUGAAUUGUUUUGAUCUCACAUUAAUUAUUUAAUUCACAUGCUCAAUUUUGGAUGAUCUUGGAAUCACUUUUGUGUUACGUGCUAUUUCCUUUAGAUUGUGUACCUAAAUAGAAAUCUUGUUAGUAGCGUGUGAAAAGAUAUUUUUCAGUAUUUCAGAUGGACAGGAACUCCAUCCUUUAUCACGGAUGAUGGAGUUUUACAGCAUUUAUUUUGUUGUUAGAACAUUUCAUUGUCCGACAGGGUGUUUUUUUGCCCAUCGUGUAAUGUUGUAACUAUCUUGUUAUUGUUUUUGAAAAUAAAAUUUAUUUAAGCAUUU